ACGAUGCUUUUCCCGGCAUGUGCAGCGGAAAGCAUGUGUAGCUGGAACAAUACGUCUGGCGUGUAGCGACGCUGUUGCGACGGCAGAACAAAAGUACACCUCGGGCCUGGUGCUGUUCUGCGGCGGUGUGCUCUUCGGCUUGGUACUUUUGGAGCUUUUACCCGACGCCAUCCGUCGUCUGAGCAAGCUCGACAUUGAUUUUCCUAUGGGCGAGGCCCUCCUCUGCCUAGGCUUCAUAUUCUUGUUCUUGAUUCAAGAAAGUCUGCGAGCACUCUACAUGUGGCGCCAGCGACGUUUCACUGACGGGUCUCCCGCUGAAAUCACGCCCUUCAAUGUCGGGGGAUCGGCAAGCAACGGGCCCGGAUACGGCUCCGUCGCCGCCAGCACGCCUGGUGGCGACAGCCGCGUUCUACCUACUCCCGUAGCCUUUACCUACCCUGUGUUCUACGCAGAAGCCCUGGUAUUGCUGUCCUUAGCCAUCCAUCUGGUGCUGGAUGGAGUCGCUAUCGCCAUUCAGACGACCCCACACCAAACAUGGAUGGCUUUCAGUCAGGUUGCCAUCGUCAGCUACCUCUCCUCCUUCGUCAUCGGCACGUUACUUUACACGUCUGACCUUCACGACACCCUCAGUGUGAUAGCUGGCAUCAUUUUCUCGCUUCUGGUAACGUGUGGUGCACUAGUUGGCUUGGCGACCCGAUGGGUACCGGGUAACUUGGCUCACGGCGUCUUGGACGGUCUCAUAUCUGGUGGACUGUUGUACGUUAUUUUUUUCCGAGUGCUUCAAAGAAGUCGUCAUCUGUUUGUGCCUGGUUUAGCACAGUUCGCUUUGACAGGUGCAGGAACCAUCACUGUUGGCGUCGUCAAACUUGUGGUGCCGGUUGUGUUCUGAGGAGGAACGUGAUAUGACUUUCGUUGAAACUUUCGUUGUUUGACGGAUACAUGCGUUGAUACAAGGUGCAACACUGGUUUUGUGAACGGAACUGGUGGUCGUGUGGAACCAUUGCUGUGCCGAACCGUUCGUACUGCUAGUCGUGCCUCACUGAACGUGAUAGCGAACUGUGAUGCGUGACGAUCGUGGGAUCCUUGGAGAACUGUUGCUUUGUUUUAACCCAAGCUUCGUGAGGCAUUUGUGUGAUUUUUAUUAAACAUAUGCAAUUCUGUGGUUCUGGA